AUGGAGAAGAGGGAACUCAAAGAAGAGCUUAUAAACUUUAUCCUGAACAGAAAGUACGGCAUUGAUGCAUUUGACCCGCCGGUGUAUGCAAAUGCACUCAAUAGCAUUCCAAAAGAUCAUGUUCCUGAUGGAUUGAUGAGUGUGCUAGAUGCAUAUGCCAUAUCGAUUUCCAUGGAGGAGGGAAUAAAGCUCCUGGAACGCCUUGAUCCGUUUGUGGAAAGGAUCAGCUCGUAUGAGCUGAGAGACAUUAUUUUUGGGAUGAUCAACAUCAACCAAGUACUGAGCAAGGCAAUGAAGGAUAAGAACAAGAUUCAAAAGUUCAUAAAUGUGUGUGAGCUGUAUGCAGAGCAAUUUAAAGCAAACAAGAAUCUAUUGAAGGAGUUCAACACUGCAUUCAAGGGCGACCAGGGGAAUCUGGAAAUAGGCGUGUCUUCUGUGAAGGCGGUGACGAGGUUUCCACCGGAGCCAAAUGGAAGAUUGCACAUAGGGCAUGCAAGGGCAGCACUGCUGAACUGGUACUUUGCAAGCAAGGAUGGAGGAAGGCUGAUAGUGAGGUUUGACGAUACGAAUCCUGAAAAGGAGCGGGAGGAGUUUGAAGAAGGGAUUUUGGAAGACAUUGGGAUGCUGGGGAUAGUAGAAUACACGGUGUCGCAUACAAGCGACUAUUUUGACAAGAUUAUUGAGUAUGGGUUUUUCAUGAUUGAAGAGGGCAAGGCAUAUGCAGAUAACACGCCGCUGGAGCAGAUGAGGAAGGAAAGGGGAGAGGGAAUUGAGUCUCAGUGCAGAAAUGCAAGCACAGAGGUGAAUAGAAAGAUUUUUGAGGAGAUGAUUGCAGGAAAUGCAGGGGGAUAUUGCAUUAGAGCAAAGAUGGACAUGUCGAAUGUGAAUAAAGCAAUGAGGGAUCCGGUGAUGUUCCGAGUGUGCCACAGCGAGCAUUACAGAACUGGCAUACGGUAUAAGGUGUAUCCAACAUAUGACUUUUCGUGCCCGAUUGUUGAUAGUCUGGAGGGGGUGACGCUGUCGCUGAGGGCGAAUGAGUACCGGGACAGGAAUGCGCAGUACUACUGGUUUGUUGAGAAUCUGAGGCUUGAUAACAAGCCCAAGAUCCAUGAUUUUUCUCGGCUGUGCUUUGAAAACACUGUUUUGAGCAAACGGAGCCUCAAGUACUAUGUUGAGAAUAAAUUUGUGAGUGGGUGGGAUGAUCCAAGGCUUGCAACGAUAGCAGGAAUAAGGAGGCUUGGGAUGAGUAUGGAGGGGCUGAGGGAGUAUAUUCUGAUGCAGGGAAUGUCUCAGAAGAGUGCAGUGAUAUCAUGGGACAAGAUAUGGGCGAUUAAUAAGAAGAAGGUUGAUCCAGCAACAGCAAGGUAUUUGUGUGUGCGAUACAAGGAUGUGGUUGAGGUGGAAGUGGAAGGAACAGACGAUUAUUCGAUGCACAUACCACUGCACAAGAAGAAUGUAGGGCUUGGGAUGAAGGAGGUUUUUUAUUCCAAAAGUGUUUUGCUUUCGCAAGAGGAUGGACAGGUGUUGGAGGAGGGCGAGGAGUUUACAUUGAUGAACUGGGGAAAUGCGAUAGUUAAGAGCAAGACGGCUGAGAAUGGGGUGAUAAAGAAAAUUGUAGUGAAGCUCCACCUUGAAGGAGACUUCAAGAAGACAAAGAACAAGAUAUCAUGGAUAUCAAAGAAGGGAAGCAUGGUUGCAGAGUUUGUGGAGUAUGGAAGCCUGAUGAAUGAAGUGGAAAGCGAGGACCUUGCUGAGAGAUUCAAUAAUGAUUCGAUGAGAAGGGAGUACUGGUAUGUGGAGUCUGCAGCUAUGCGCGUGAAGCAAGGCGAGGUUGUUCAGUUUGAAAGGAUUGGAUUUUACUACUGCGAUGCAUUGUUUGUAUUCAAUAUGAUGCCGUUCACUAAGCAGAAGAGAUCUGAAUGCUGA